AUGCCCCCCGACCCAGGCGUCUUCCAACCAGGCGGCCCAAAAAGCCUCAACGCCCCGCCAACCCCGCCAACAAGCAACUACCGCCUCAACCACCUAGCCCUGCGUAUCAAGGACCCGGCACGGUCCCUGCGCUUCUACAUAGAGCUGCUGGGCAUGCGCAUGGUGUUCAGCAUGAACGCAGGGCCCUUCACGAUCUACUAUCUGGGCCACCCGCCGCCUAAUACGAGCGAUGUCGAAGAGUGGGCGCGGACGACGAGCGAGAUCCCUGCUCUGACGCGCACGAGUGGGUUACUGGAGUUGUAUCAUGUGCAUGGUACGGAAAGAGUAUAUUCACAACAACCAGAUAGUAAGAGUCAGGCGCAAGUAGAUGCAGAGGCAGGAGACGCAGAAGACGCAGAGAAAGGGGAAGGAGGAGGUGGGGAGAACCAAAUCCAUAUCUCGAAUGGUAACCAGCCGCCGCAUCUGGGCUUUGCCCAUCUAGGGUUCACUGUACCCGAUAUUCGAGAUGCCCUGGAGCGGCUGCGUGCAGCGGGCGUGCCUAUACUGAAGGAUUUAGGGAUGUGCUCGCGCGAGACAGCGGGCCUGUCUCGGUGGGAGGAAGAGAGGGGGGUUGGCCGGGGAGAGAUUCAUACAAACUAUGCGUGGUUCUUUGAGAAAUUUGCCAUGGUGGCAGAUCCGGAUGGGUACUCGAUCGAGUUGAUCCCUCAGAACAUCUGA